AUGGUCGAGGCAGAGCAAGGCGCGCGUCGCGUGUGGGUAUGUGACGUCGAUGGGUGUGGCAAGACGUACGUCAAGCAGGCACGGCUACUCGAGCAUCAGCGUGUGCACACCGGCGAGCGGCCAUUUGUGUGCGAGCACUGCGGUGCAUCGUACAUGCGUUCCACGCAUCUUGCCGCGCAUAUGCGCACUCACAUGGACGAGUCCAUGAAGCCGUUAGCAUGCUCGCACGAGGGGUGCACGAAACGAUUUUGGACGCAGCAGCAUUUGCGGCGACACGUGUUAUCGUGUCAUGCGAUGGAAACUGGGGCACACUCAAUGCGUAUGCUGGACGCUCAAGCCGCGCUGGGCGAGGCGGGCGUCGCGGGGCUCUACCAUUGCGACAGUCCCGGCUGUGACCUUGUCUUUUCGAAGCGCAAGCACCUGUAUCAGCACAGGCGCGAGGCGCACGCUGACCCAUCGUGUAGCCAUGCUCCCUUUGUGUGUGACGUGUGUCACAAGCACUUUCUUACCAACGCCAAGCGGCGACACCACAUGCGGAUCCACGAAGAGGGGCGCUACCAGUGCAUUCUCCCUCACGCUGUAGCGCCGCUUCCCCCUGAGCAUCCGCCCCAUACCGAUACAGGCGUCAGCUGGUCGUUUGCGACAUGGACGCAUCUUCAGCGGCAUAUGCGGCUGUGUCAUCCCCCCACAUGCCCUGUCUGUGGCCGUGCGUUUGCCAAUCGUGAAAAGAUGCGUCGCCAUCAGCACACGCACGCACUGCGUGAGCCGCUUCUUUGCCCAUGGAAUGGCUGUGACAAGGCAUUUCAGCGCGCGUCGUCACUCCGUGUGCACAUAUCUCGAGUGCAUCACGGCGAGCGCCCAUUUGUGUGCAAGGUGUGUGGGCAGUCGUUUGGCUACAAGCAUCUCCUUCAGCGGCACGAACACACACACACGAAAUGCGAGCCUCAUCAGGACACGUCGCAUGUCGGACAACUGAAGCGAAAACGAGCGCGUGUCUUGCCAUGCCCAUGGGACAAGGUGGGCUCGGAGUCGUGUCCCAAGAAGUUUGCGAGGCUGUACGAUGUGCGGCGGCAUCUAGCGAGUGUCCACGGUCUAUCGCUGAGUGAUGCUGAACUAUGUACAUUGAUGCCUGAGGAGCCUCACGCAAUGAAAAGACCGCGUGUCAUGUAA